AGUCUCUCUCCGGGUCCGGUCCGGGCGGCGCUCUAGGCCGCCUCUCUGUGGCGCGGGUGGUUGCUCGGCGGGGCCUGGGCCGUCAUGGCCGCCUCGGGCGCGGCGGAGGGGCCGUGCGUGCUGUGCUGCGGGGAGCUGGACGUGGUGGCGCUGGGCCGCUGCGAGCACCCCAUCUGCUACCGCUGCUCCGUGCGGAUGCGGGCGCUCUGCGGCGUCCGGUACUGCGCCGUGUGCCGGGAGGAGCUGGGACAGGUUGUCUUUGGACGGAAGCUCACGUCUUUCUCAGCGAUAGCACUUCACCAGUUGCAGCAUGAGAAGAAAUACGACAUUUAUUUUACGGAUGGAGAGGUUUAUGCCCUGUACAGGAAGCUGCUGCAGCACGAAUGUCCUUUGUGUCCAGAUGCGAAGCCGUUCAGUACCUUUGCAGAUCUGGAACAGCACAUGAGGAAGCAGCAUGAACUCUUCUGCUGCAAACUCUGUGUUAAACACUUGAAGAUUUUCACUCAUGAACGGAAAUGGUACUCACGUAAGGACCUUGCCCGUCAUCGCAUUCAUGGAGAUCCGGACGACACCUCCCACCGGGGCCACCCCCUCUGUAAAUUUUGUGAUGAGCGUUAUUUGGAUAAUGAUGAGUUACUGAAACACCUAAGGCGAGAUCAUUAUUUCUGCCAUUUCUGUGACUCUGACGGUGCUCAGGAAUACUACAGCGAUUACGAAUACCUUCGUGAGCACUUCCGCGAAAAGCACUUCCUCUGCGAAGAGGGUCGGUGCAGCACGGAGCAGUUCACCCAUGCUUUCCGCACCGAGAUAGACUACAAAGCGCACAAAACAGCCUGCCACAGCAAGAACAGGGCUGAGGCCAGGCAGAACCGGCAGAUCGACCUCCAGUUUAACUAUGCUCCUCGGCACCAGAGGAGGAAUGAAGGUGUUGUAGGUGGAGAGGACUAUGAAGAAGUUGACAGAUUCAACAGGCAGGGGAGGUCGGGCAGGCUGAGCGGCCGAGGAGGUCAGCAAAACCGAAGAGGCAGCUGGAGAUACAAGAGGGAAGAAGAGGACAGGGAUGUUGCAGCAGCAGUCCGGGCAUCUGUAGCAGCUAAACGGCAAGAAGAGAAAAAACGGGUAGAUGACAAAGAGGACAGCAGCAGCAGAGGUAAAAAGGAGGACUUGAGGGAUUUGGAAGUGCUCAGCUCCAAACGUGCACCAAAGUCUUCAAAUGAUGCUACAGAAGCAGCUGCUAACAACGCUUUAUGCCAGGACGACUUCCCAGCCAUCGGCUUGGCUGCGGGGCCUCUGCAAGGCUCUGCAGCAGUUAAGCUUAAAGAAGAAGAUUUCCCAAGCUUGUCAUCCUCUGCAGUGCCCACCAUCUCUUCUGGGAUGUCUAUGACGUAUACAGCCACCGCGAAGAAAACAGCAUUCCAAGAAGAGGAUUUUCCGGCCCUGGUGUCCAAAAUGAGGCCAAACAAUAAGACAGUAACGAACAUCACAUCUGCGUGGAACAGUGGCUCUGGUAAAAAUGUGGUCAAAGCUAUGGGCAACCCCUGUGCAAACCAAGUAGCCAAAAAACCAUCCCUGAACAACGCUAAAGGAAGCAAGAAGAGCAAUAAACUCUCUCAGUCAGAUGAUGAAGAUGGCGGCAGUGGAUUGACAACCCAGGAGAUCAGGAACGCACCCACCAUGUUCGAUGUCUCAUCCCUGCUGGCAGUUUCUACCUCACAGACUUUUACGAAAGUGAGCAAGAAGAAGAAGGUUGGGGUUGAGAAGCAGAGGCCGUCAUCCCCGCGCCCAUCGCAGGAGGUGUCGGUUCCCAGGUCAUCGAUGGAAAAGCUGCCAGAGCCAGAGCAGACACCAGACACACCCUUAGCUCUUCCUGCCCCAGACAGAGCCGGAGCGGUCAUGAACGGUCAUUUGGAAAAAUCCCUAGGGAUCUGCAGUGCACCCAAAGAGCCACCUGGCCUUAAAAAGCCCACAGUGACUAACAAAUGCCCUUUACCUCAGGAAGACUUCCCAGCUCUUGGGAGCUCAGGAUCAGCCAGAAUGCCCCCUCCACCAGGCUUUAACACCGUGGUGCUGCUGAAGAACCCUCCUCCACCUCCAGGCCUAUCGGUGCCCGUCAGCAAACCCCCGCCGGGCUUCACCGUUAUUCCAUCCACCACCAUCGCUGAACCUGUCACUACUUCUUUGAAAGAGCCAAAAUCCUGUCAUGGGUCCUACUUGAUACCAGAAAACUUCCAGCAGAGGAACAUUCAGCUGAUACAAUCCAUUAAGGAAUUUCUCCAAAGCGAUGAGUCCAAGUUCAAUCAAUUUAAAACUCAUUCUGGGCAAUUCAGGCAGGGUCUGAUUUCUGCAGCACAGUAUUACAAAAGCUGCCGAGAACUGCUUGGAGAGAAUUUCAAGAAGAUCUUUAACGAGUUGUUGGUGUUGUUGCCGGACACGGUAAAGCAACAAGAACUGCUUUCUGCUCACAAUGAUUUCAGAAUCAAAGAAAAACAAAGCUCAAACAAACCCAAAAAGAACAAAAAGAAUGUUUGGCAGACGGACUCCAACUCUGACCUCGACUGCCACAUCUGCCCAACGUGUAAGCAGGUGCUGACGCAGCAGGACAUUGUCACCCACAAAGCUUUGCAUAUUGAGGAUGAGGAGUUCCCUUCCCUACAGGCCAUCAGCAGGAUCAUCAGUUAGCUUUCCCAACGACCAAUAAAUCCGUCUCUGUCCACAAAUGUGCAUUCUUUGGGAUGAGGUUUGGCUGGAGCCGUGGCCGAGGACCGGUGCCUACUGCAGAGCCCUCUCGGUGCGGUUCAUCUGAGGGAUCCCUGGGCUGCAUCGCGGUGAUUUAACAUCCAAAUCCGAGCUUCCAAAACGCCGAGUAGAGUUAGGCUGGAAUGGUGGGGGGGGGCGGGCAGGGGCCACCUUCUUCCUGUACCACGCGAUAGCUGGAAAAACACUUUGAGCUGAGGACUGGCAGGGGAAUAAGUGUCUGGUUUGGGGUUUUUCUUUCUCUUUUUUGCGGCGAGGGCAGCUGCUGAAUCACUGAAAUGAUUGGAAGCAAAGGAGCUUCCCUGAUAAUGUUCUGAUUUUUUGUGCUGUUUCUGUGAAUGCAGCAGUCGGAGGGCAAAGAUGUGGGAGAGGAAAAGACGCUGCUCACUGGUAAGACACAGCAAAGACUAUUCCUGUCUGAAAUGGAGUUAAUGAGGUUACUGGAAGGGUUGGGAUUUGUGGAAUGUGGGAUUUGAAGUUGCCUCUGACCCUUUCUGUAACAUGAAAUUUAUUUUGUAGCACUGCAUGUAGGAUAAUAACGUUAAGGCUUUACUUUCCGUGAAGCGCCUUUCACAGUACUUUUAUUUAACAACUACGGUGUUUCUGAUUGCUGGGAUGUGUGGAUGGUGGUGGCUCCGCCUGAGGCCGCGCUGGGACAUUAAAUGCUGCUGAUCACUGACCCUGUCUGUCUGCAGUGCCUUCUCCUGCUUACAGGAUGAGCUGUUCAGAGCGUGCAGAGCGUCCUGUGCCUCCCCGGGUGACGCUGCUCUGGAGCAGCUCUGCUCGUGUUGUUUGGCAUCUCCCCAUCCCACCUGGUGGAGACAGGAGGGGAAUCUGUUCCUCCCUUGCCGGGACUCCUACAUCCAGAGC